UACUCUGUAAUUGUGGGAAGUAUCACCGGUCGCAUGUAAAGGGACAAAACUAAUGUUAUUUGUGAAGAGUCGUGUUUUAAGAUAUACAAUUACUUUCUGGUUCUAUUCACAUUACUUUAUAGAAACAUAACACUGACGCAACAGUAUCUUACAGUCUACGUAAAAGUUGUCAUGGAGACAACAAAGGCCUCAAUGACGACAAUCAGACUUUCGUAGUCUACUUCCUGGUCUGGGCAACACAGAGUGUGAGAGAAGAGUAAACAGUGGACGGAAAUACGCAGAUUAAAGAAGCCUUCAGGUAUUGGCGAACACAACCGCCAGAGGAUUAUUUGAUUUUCUUACAAACUUUCUUACAGGAUUCAGAGGUUACCGUGAUGUAUAAAUUCCUUCUUUCAGGUGUAGAACUACCAGCCUACAGUCGACAGUUCAGCCGUGACCAAUGUGACAGAUUCAGCUGGUGACAUGGCGUCUAACUCGGAUGACGAUGAUGUGUCGAUUCCUUCACGUUAUAGGGACGUGUUGCUGGACGCACUCCAAGCGUCGACUCGAAGGAAGCUGUCUCUGUACCUCAACAUUGAGAGGCUGCUGAACGAAGAUGGCAUUGAACCAGAUUAUAAUGGGCUGGCAAAGCAAAUUGGCUUCUCCUUCUUGGAGAUCCAGAACUUCGGCCGGCAGAAAGACCCAACAACGGAGGUGCUGAACGAGUGGACGAGGAGACCAGACUUGUCCCCCACUGUUGGUCAGCUCUUUUAUUACCUGAGGGUGAUGGGCCGUGAAGAUGUGAUGACAGACUGCAAACGUAGCAUCAUUUUGGACAUCGAACACCAUGUCUCACAGGAAGAACGUCGCCAGAACGACGUCGUACCUCUCCAAAAUGACACCAUGUCCAAGAGUUCCACCCCAAAAUCUUCUGAUUUCACAGCUCAUGACACUAAUGAAAACAGAAGCAUGACUGUUCAGGAUGUUGAGAGCAACACACCAACGUUUUACGAUGCGUUCGUGUGUAGUGACCCAGAGGGUUAUGACCUGCAGUUUGUGAAGAAGAUGCUGUCGGAGCUGGAGUCUGCGCGGUAUGGUCUGAAGCUGUUUGUUCCUUGGAUGGAUGGUCUGCGUUGGUCUGCCGUGUCAGCCAAGGUGAUCCAUGACAGAUGUCGAAAAAUGGUGAUUAUUAUGUCUCCCCGCUUCUUGAAGAGUCCAGCCUUCGACUUCCAGACGAAGUUUGCCCUCAGUCUCUCGCCAGAUUGCCUCCGAAAGAAAUUGGUGCCUGUUCUCAUCACGCCGUGCAUCAUACCCCAGAACCUCCGCCACAUAACUCUCUGUGAUUUCACAAAACUAGCAUUUAUGGAGUGGUACUGGCAUCGGCUUGCCGUAGCAAUUAAAGCACCCCUCUCCUUUGACGAGCUUCAAAUCAACGACAAGACUUCAUUGGAGGACAUCACUCUUAGUCUGGAUCAAGAACAAUAUCACAACAGUGGCAGCAGUAUCAACAGUAGCCAACCACUACCCAUCAUCCAUUCUUCUUCCUCCUCCUCCUCCUCGUCCGCCAGACCUGCUGCUGCUGCAGCCAACUCCCCUGGAUCAAGUAGCUCAAUGGAAGUAGGGCCACCAGUGCAGAGUGCCCCACAAGGCACCUCGACACUCCCAUCCAAACAGGCAUCAAGGCACUGUUCCCCCACGUCGUAGACAUCGACAGACUGACAGAAGCAUCUUACAACUAUUCCCAUCCAGUCAGUGUUGAGGCUGUUGGCAGUUAUCAUCCGAAGCAUCACAUGAGUUUGUUCCCACACAGUCAGUGUUGAUCUUUAUCCUUUCCGACUGUAAGAAUUUAAAGACUUAAAUCUGCAGAACAUAUUUGUUUCCAGAGAAACUGCUGAUUAAAAUUUUGCAGGCCUUGCAUGAGAAGGAAGAUAUAUCUUGUUUUCCA